GCAACUUUCAACAUCUCUCUCUCUCUCUCUCUCUCUCUCUCUCUCUCUCUGUGCCUGAGCUCAAGUGCAAGUUUUAAAUGGUAGCGUGAAGCAGACGUUUGGAAUAUCAGUCUCUCUCGGUGUGUUUUUUCUUGAUCAAGAGAUUCGGAAACUCACACAGAACAACGCGCAACGCAGCAGCAACAGCCGCAGCUCUCGUCAUAAUGGGCAAGAAAGAGCACAGAGACAACGCGAGAGUCGAAGCUGUUCUUCAACAGCUUCGGAAGCAAGCCCCACUCACUGUCAAACAGGAGAAGUUCUGCAACAACGCUUGCGUGGAAAGGUUCCUGAAGGCGAAAGGUGACAGUGUGAAGAAGGCGGUGAAGCACUUGAGAGCUUGUCUCUCCUGGAGAGAUAGCAUAGGCAUUGAGCACUUGAUAGCUGAUGAGUUCUCAGCUGAACUUGCGGAAGGCGCUGCUUAUGUGGCUGGCCACGAUGAAGAAUCUCGACCAGUCCUGAUUUUUCGGAUCAAGCAGGAUUACCAGAAGUUCCACUCUCAGAAACUAUUCACCCGACUGCUGGUGUUUACCCUAGAAGUCGCCAUGGGAACCAUGCCCAGGAACGUGGAGCAAUUCGUCCUACUAUUCGAUGCAAGCUUUUUCAGAUCGGCAUCGGCUUUCAUGAACAUGUUGCUGGCGUCGCUGAAAAUAGUGGGGGAGUACUAUCCUGGUCGACUUUACAGGGCCUUCGUGAUCGACCCUCCUUCUCUCUUCUCUUAUCUAUGGAAGGGAGUUCGCCCGUUUGUCGAGCUAUCGGCUGCGACGAUGGUGGUGUCGUCCUUGGACUUUGAGGAAUCGCUGGACUUCCACGACUUCUCGGCCUAUCCGCGUGCCUCGUCCCUCCGGUUCGACCCGGAGUCAAUCAAGUCGGCGGACAAGGUUGGGCCGUGUUCGUCGUCCCGGUUCUCCUUCACCGUGUCCCAUCACUUUGACUCGCUCAAGCCGUGGUACCUCUCGCUGACCGACUCGUCGGCAUCCAAGGUCGGGCCCACGAGCCCGUCCCAGCUGGGCCCAGCCCUGAUAUCCCCGCUGAACGCGCGGUCCUUCUCCUUCGCAUCGCCGGCCGCCAGGACGCCGCGCGGCGGCACCAUCGGCUCGAGGAAGUCGCUCUUCCCGUCGACCCCGCUGCCCCAGAGGACGUGCGAACAGGUCAAGGUCGCACAGCCCCGGACCCCACGCCCCUCGUUCCUCCAGUCCCCGGCCAUGUUCUUCCAACGCAAGGAGUGCCACGUCAGCCGGGCAGAGAAGUCGCGCGAGUCCUUCGUGCCCUUCCUCAAGUUCUACCGCAGGCCGUACGACGAGAUGAUCUACCGGUCGAAGAUGAGGCCCCCGCUGGGCGGCCUGAUCUCGAUCGUCUCUCCCCACCUCAAGCGCCGCCACAUGUCGGUAUCGCAACGGUUCUGAGGCGAAAACCGAGCACCGAAAGGCAAAAAGGGCAAAAAAAAAGAGGCUAGCGAACGAAAUUUCAAGAAUUGGGAGUAUAUAUGUUUUUUGACAAUUUGAGUAUCAAUGUGAAGCUAGUAAAAAUAAUUGACUAAA